AUGGAACCCAUGAAGCUGCUAAGUAUGGGAUUUCUGCUGUGCUCUCUGACUUGCCUCUUGUUGGAAACUGUCGCUUCCUCUCGAUCACCUUUAUCUGACUUCGGAAUAGAAGACCAGGAUGGAUUGAAACCACGCUCAAUGGAAACUUCCAGGUCCUGGCUGAGCAACUUCAGGGAUUACCUGUGGGAUCUCAUCAGGAGCUCCGUCCCUCCAGCAGCCAUUUUUGCUUUUCUUAUCACUUCAGCAAUAAUGGGCACCCUCUGCUACCUCACGUAA